ACAUUGUGUGUCAUUCGAGAAGUGUCAUCUCUUCUGUGUUGAGUAUGAUAGUCGGUAUUAAAAAUUAUUUCCGAUACAUCUUUCAGAGGAUGAUCAGAUUAAUAAUAGGUCAUGGCUGAAAGAAAAUUUACCCGUAGCCUUAAUAAACCCGGAUCGGCGGCACAAGUCCGAGAAACUGUUUCUCAGGCGGUCCGCGAAAGUACUAUAAUAGUUAAGCCACAGUUAAUAGAGCCUGUUGACUUUGAGACAUUUUUUCAAAAGAAUAAGACCCUUCUACAAAAUGAUCCUCUUCGAGAAAUGUUAUUGUUUCCUCAAGAUGAUGUACAAGAAGAGGUUAUCCAAAGGACUUAUCGUACUGUUAAACCUACUGUACCUUUAUUACCAGCAAAUGAAAUAUCAUCAUUAUUCACUCGUCAGUGUAUCAAGACAUACACAAAAGAUUGGCAUGUUGUUAAUUACAAAUAUAAGUCAUAUUCUGGAUCAUACUUACAAUUACCAAAAUUGCCUAGACAAAGUGAAUUAGAAGAUCAAGUUUAUGAGGUUGAUACAGAAGUUGAUAUUAGCAAAGACAGUCUGAAUACUCCAGGCAGUGAAAAUGGUGUGAUAAAAGAAGGAUUUCUUUUAAAAGGACCAGAAUCUGGAACUGAUAGCUUUAUCAGUCUUGCCACAAAGUCAUUCAAACGGAGGUUUGUAAGUUUACGUCAAGAAAUUGAUGGAACUCACAUACUAGAAUUUCAUAAAGAUGAACGUAAAACAGAUUCUAAAGGUGCAUUAUGUAUGGACUUUUGUAAUAAGGUUACAAGGAGUUCUAAACGCAGCAAGUUAGGAUUUGAGUUGCAAAUGGCAGAUGGUCACAAAUCAUGCAUUUUAGCAGCUGAAAAUGAAAAAGAAAUGGAAAGUUGGAUUUCCAGUUUAAAUAUUGUAAUUAUAAAUGCCAAAAAUUCUUCAGAAAAUAACAAAAAGCAAGCAACAUCACCUGAAAGUUGUGGAGAUAAUAUGUCUAAUGUUCUUCUCCCUUCACCCUGUGGGUAUGGUACUUUAAAAGGACUGGAGCAUAGUAAGAAUCCUGAAUUAGCAAAAUAUGCUAGAGAAACAGAUUACUCUAUUGCCUUAGCAAGAAAAGAAAACCGCCAGAAUCUUUUUGCUAUAUAUCCAGAUAUGCAGAGAAUGAAUCAUACUGCCCAUAUAUAUGAUUUUGAGAAAGAAGUGAAACCAUUUAAAGAAGAAUUUGGAACUCGGAUAUUUGUGAAAUGUGAAGAAAUAAGUUUUAAACUGCAAGCUCCCCUAGACAAUGAGAAAGGUCCUCUUUGUCAGGUUGAACCUUAUAUAACAACAUUAUCAAUAUAUGAUGCCAAGCGAAAUAAGAAGGUUAGUGAAGAUUUUCGGUUUGAUGUUAAUCAUCCAUACAUUCGAAAUAUACUUCCUAAGAAAGGAAGAAAAAGCAGCAUGCCUCUUAAUCAGACAAUUUCUCAUUGUAACGGUGAUACACAGUUUCCAAAUCCUCAUCUUAAAGACAUUGGAGAAGAGUGGUUAGCAUUUCCUAGACAGGCAAUUUUUACUGUCCAGCAUCCUGAGUCUGAGCUAUAUUUUGUUCUAAAAAUUGAGAAAGUUCUUCAAGGAGGAAUAUCUCAAGCUGCUGAUCCUUAUCUGCGGGCUCAGUCUGGUUCAAAUAGUAUUCGUUUAGGUGCAAAAGUACAAAAAAUUGCUCGUUCUUGUUGUCAGAGACUAGGUCAUUACAGAAUGCCUUUUGCAUGGGCUGCAAGACCUAUAUUUAAGGCCUUUUCUGGUGAACUAGACACAUGUUCAGAAUUUGGACCUAUGUAUCGACAAGAUGGUACAAAGCUUUCUGAUGAAGAUUUACUGCGUUUCCUAUCAGAGUUCAGAAAGCCUGAAAAGUUAAAGCAUCUUACAGUUAUUCCAGGUUGUAUAAAGAUGAAUGUUCAUUUGCUAAAAGAACUUCCGCAAAAUACCUUGACGUCUUCAUUAAUGCCUCUAGUGCCAUUUCCUGUUCCACCCAAAUGUGAACCAACUUUAGAAAUAGAGCAGUUUCCUAGCGGAAUACCUAGCAACUGUAGUCCAUAUACAACAUAUAUUAAUCAUCUGUAUAUAUUCCCUAAGUGUCUCAAAUAUGAAAGUCAAAAAACAUUUACGAAGGCCAGAAAUAUUGUGUGCACAAUAGAAUUCAGGGAUAGUGAUGAUGAAAAUGCUGAACCUUUAAAGGUUAUUUAUGGCAGUCCUGGAGAGCCAGUUUAUUGUUCAGAAGCCAGCACUUCAAUAACUCAUCAUAAUAUUAGUCCAGAUUUUUAUAAAGAGGUUAAAAUGUUGUUGCCUACGCAGUUACAUGAAAAACAUCAUAUUCUUUUCACAUUCCAUCAUAUCAGUUGUGAACAACCAAAACGCUCCAAACAGAGAGAUGGUCCUGUUGCAAAUGUGGUUGGGUAUUCUUGGUUAAUAUUGCUUAGUAAAGGAAGGUUAUUUUUAGAUGAUCAGUGUCUUCCAGUAUCCAUCUCUUUGCCAUCUGGCUACUUAUCUUGUCAACCCUUAGGUUUGGGAAAAGGGUUCAGUGGUCCAGAGAUUCGUUGGGUGGAUGGUGGUAAAGAGCUUUUCAAAGUGAGCUUUAUUCUUGUAUCAACUGUGAAUUCAAAGGACCAGCAUCUCCACAAUUUUUUUUCUCAAUGUCAACGCUUACUGGAAUCUAAAGUGCCAGAUAUUGAGGCAAGCAAUGUCAUUAAGUUAUGGGGUUUUGGGUGGUGGGACUUAAGUUCCUGUCCUGUUAUUCCAUCUUUGUGUCAGCGUCCUCGUCCACAAAGUAUGCCUAUGAUUCUUCCUGUUUCAUCUCCUGAAGAGGUACAGGUAACUGCAGGUUGUGAAGCUGGUCGAGAGCUUUCUAAAUAUGUAAAAGUGCAACAUGGAAUGGCCAAGACAUUGAAGACACUUCAUGCUGUAGAUAUGAGCACAAUCAUCUACUUCCUUCCAACUUUAUUAAAUGAAUUAUUCCGUCUCUUGGUGAUAACUUCAAAUGAAGACGUUGCAUUGAAUACUGUGCGGGUACUUAUACAUAUUGUUCAUGGCGUUCAUGAGGCUGGAAAAAAUGACAUACUACAUUCUUAUGUUCAGUUUGUUUUCAAAACUCAGGAACUGACUGUAAAGAAACGAGUUGUACAUGAAGAAUUAGUCAAGUCUCUAAAUAUCAUGCUAAAGCCUGCCAAUACAGAUUUUUUAAUGAUAAAUAAAUUUCUUCGUCAUUCCUGGUUUUUCUUCCAAAUAAUCAGCAAGUCAACUGCACAGCAUUUGCUGUCAUCAGAAAGAAUAAAGAUGCUUCGCCAGGAAAGAUUUCCUGCUGAUUACCAGUUAUGUAUUCGAAGCCUUGUGGAAGGACUUGUGCCUCAUAUUAUUCAAAAACAUAAGGAUUUGCCAAUUGAAACAAAGCAAGCAAAUUUAAGCCUUGCAUUCUUUUUAAAAAAAAGCCUUUCCCUUAUGGAUCGUGGUUUUGUUUUUAAAUUGAUUAAAAGUUAUUUAGAGAAGUUUACUCCAAACGAUGUCAAGAUCCUUCAUGAAUAUAAAUUUGAAUUUUUAGAAAUUGUAUGCCUUCAUGAGCAUUUCAUAGCCCUUAAUCUUCCUAUUAUGAGAAGCAUUGGAGUAUAUGGCCAAACUAAAAAUAUGAAAGAAACCUGUGAUGAAUCUUUUGAUUUUGAACAUGAAUAUCGUUUAUCUGAAGAAUUUUGCCGCCAUCACUUUCUUCUGGGUACUUUAUUACAAGAAAUAAGGGCAUCUCUAUGUGAGGUCCAUGAGAUACGGCAAACAGCUAUUUCAGUUUUCAGAAAUCUUUUAGCAAAGCAUGCAUUUGAUGAUCGCUACCAAGGAAAGGCUCAUCAAGCUCGAAUAGCAUCACUGUAUUUACCAUUUAUUUCCAUCUUGCUUGAGAACUUCAGCAGUUUACGUUUAAGAACACCUCCAGCUACUCCACCUCCUUCAGUAAAAAUGGAAAAAAUGAGUAUAUCCAAAAUAACUGAAAAUUUUUCAAAUCCUGUAACUCCAAUUUUAUCACGUCGCAGUACAGUUGAACCUACAGGAUCUCUUCCAGCAUCUGCAAGAAACAGAGAUUCAAAUUUUCUGUCUAUAAUUGCUGGCCAGUCUCAGACGCAGCCAACUGUAACUUUUGCUAAUGGAUCUUGUACUUCAAUUGAUAGCAAUGCUUCAAACCCAUCUACACUAUCAGAGAGAAGCAAAGAAAGUGAAGCCCACUGUAAAGAAAAAGACGGAACAGAAAGUUUGGACGAUUAUAAAUGUCAUGCAAGGUCACAUUCUCUUCCAUUCUCUAGUUCUUCUAGUGUGCUUCAUUUUGAUAAAAUUGAUUCUACAGAAAUGAAAGAUUUAUUAGUAUGCUUUUUGUAUAUUGUAAAGCAUGUUAAUGAAGAACUUCUCAUAGGCUGGUGGCAACAUUGCAGUGAAUAUGAUAUUCUGGACUUUUUUCACAUAUUAGAGCUUUGUCUUCAUCAGUUCAAAUACAUGGGAAAAAAGAACAUAAAAAGUCAACAUCCUGCCAUGUUUCAACCAAAAUCAAUGACAUUACCUGCCCGUACCCCUCCACCUGCUUUUACACAACGUUGCAAUAGUACCUAUAGUGAGUCUGGUACUCACACAGUGUGUAAGUAG